UCUGAGUUGAUCACUUCUAAUUCUGAAGGUCACUCUUGUUUACUAGUUGGUCAUGGAUGGUAAUAACAGCCAAAAAGUCAAUGCAGAACUUAUUCCAGAAGCAGCAUUGGUUUGCUCAGUAUGCAAGUCCCGUGAGGUCUUUGGUAUAUUGGCCACCUGUUUGCAUUUAACCUGUCAAACGUGUGCUGAAUUAAUGUUUAAAGAUGAAGCUUACUUCUGCACUUUAUGUCGUGAAAGCAGCAGCAAAAUAAUCAGUAAUCCCAACAUAUGUAGACCGGAAAACAUCAACAAAUCGCCUACAUGCAACUGGUGUCAUGAUAAUGGUGAACAAACAAAAUCAAUCGGACAUUGCGAAGACUGUGACAUAUGGUUGUGUGGUGAAUGUCUUAAGGGUCACAAUCGAAUGCCACCCUUACGUAAUCACAACAUAAUUGUGCUUUCUAAAAGUGAAUAUAUGGGGUCACUCCGGUGUGAAGCUCAUCCUAAUGAAGCAUUAGAGUGCUUUUGUGAAGCUUGUGGAGUGUUAACUUGUCGUGAUUGCCAGUUAUCAGUCCACAGGGACCAUGGGAGUCAUCGAUGGGUUGGAGAAAAGGCAGUCCAGUUAAAGGCUCCUCUAGAAGAAUGCAUCCAAGGACUUAAAGAGUCCUCAGAUAAGUUGUCCUCUGCACUUAGUUAUGCUAGUAGUGCUCGCAUUUGCACAGAAGAGGAUAGCUUUUUGAGCAGUGUAGAGAAAACUCGUCAGGACAUCAAGUUACGGACGUCUUCCCUCAUUGACUGCAUUCGAAUUCGAUCUGAAUGUCUUUUAAACGAGCUGGAUAAAAAGAUGGAGAUGUAUGUUGGCCAACUGCAGGAUGCCGAGACUUUGAUUCGUAAACUUCAGGAACAAAUAAAUUUUGUCUCAGCAUUCUCAAACCAUCUCAUCCAAAAUGUAGAUAAUGAUCCUGCUAGCUUAGUGCAACUCUAUGAAACUGUCAAACUAAGACUUGACUUGCUUCAACUAUUCUCUGAACGAAUUUUGAAUGAUUCAGCGUUUGUAAUGAAUUCAGUGGAUGAAAAAUUAAAAGAUAAAAUAAAGGAGUCAAGUUUAUGGUCUGAGAAUGUAAUUGGUUGGCGCUCUGUUGUCAAUACACGUGCAUUGUUUCUUGGUAACUGGGACGCUGAAGAAUUAUGCAGGUACUCUGGAACAAUAGCUUGGCUACCCAAAAAAUCCACUCCCGAUUUCCAUCAUAAUGACAAUAAUCAAAUAAGUGGAAAUCAGUUCAGGUUGAAGAUGGAAAAUGGUUUAACGAAGACUGAUAACCCGGUGUCUGAUCAACUUGCAGCGGAUACAAAUGACUUUCUGGAUUCUUUGGCAGAGCUAGAUGGUGAUAAAUGGAUCUGUGGAGACAAUAAUGGGGAGUCUUUAUCUGGUCCUACAGGCUGUGCUAUUUGUUUCGGAGUCGGAUUGCUUGCCCACUGCGAACGAUGUGGUAGGGCGUAUCAUUUAGACUGUCAUUUACCGCGAAUAGAUAGUAUAUCUUUGACAAGUAAUUGGGCAUGUUGUCUUUGUGCGGAUGACGAAGUUACAUCCACCACUCAUGUUGACAAGCCGUCGGACAGUGGGUUUUCUCAUAAUGAUUAUCUGGUAGGAUGUCGAAUUCUCAUGGGUUUACUGGUUCACGCUGAAGCUGUUCAUUUUACUGCAUCAGUUUGUCCAGCGUGUUCAGCUCCACUUCUGUCUCCUAGCCGAUCUAUGCCACACUGUCCUGCUGGACACCUUUACCAUCGACUUUCAGAACUUCGUUUACGUUUAGAGGAGUCAGCAGCUUCGUUAUCUAAUGGUUAUUCUUAUUCAACUUCCAGUCCUGAUUCAGACAAUAGUCAAUCACGUUUUACUUCCCUUGGUGACUGGCUUGUAGAAGUGGAUAAAUUCUGGUCGGAUGCUGCCAAAGAAACUGAGAUACGUGGUUCUACCAAAGGAUGCUUACAAGCCGCUCGUCGGCUUAGAUCUCGACUCACUUCUCUUGUACGUGAACAUCAACCAGAGUAUGAGUCUCUUUUAUCGCCAAAGCCAACCUCCAAUGAUAUAAUCAAAGAACCACUUAAUGACUACCCUGUUGACAUGGGUAGUUGUACACCAGAGUCUUCUGUAUUACCCCCAUCUCCUGUUUCUAUAAAAGCUGAAGUUAUGGAAUAGUUGUUCGGUAUACGUGAAUACGUCAGCUUUGUAUAACCCGGUUUAAAAUAAGUAUCAUAAACUUAUUAAUUAGCUUAUAUUUAUGUAUCUUUUAUAUUGUCAUAUUCUAUUGUCUGCAUUAGUUUAAUUGGUAUUUCAGUAAUUGUUGUGGUGCGACCUACCAUUUCUAUUCGAUAAGCUAACUGUCGAUGGUGGUUUUUUUUGUACACACUGCACAGUGACUAUUGUCUGUGAAAAUCUUAUCUACCAAUUCUUUUUUAUCAAUUUAAAGAAAAAAAACACUUUUUUCUUCCUAGUGUCCAACAAAUGUAUGGAAAUUAUAUGCAUUUAUGUGUGACUGUUGUCCUUUUCGGACUUUGUUCUCUGGUUGAUUAAUGCUGAAAAUUAGCGUAAACGGAGAAGUUUGAAUCUGAGAAUGUUUCUCAGCUGUCAUACUUCAACUUUAGAUCGAUCCCUUUUGUUACACCCGUAAUAUUUUGUCAUGGCAUGCAGUAAACAAGCAUAUAACUUAUCCUAAGUGACACUAGAUGUAGUAAUAAGUGAUGAAUGGCAAAGAAACAGCAAUAAUUUUGUCCGGAAAAGAAAGU